AAAUCAGUGGUUUGUGUAUAGAUUCUUUUUUUUUAAUUUAGGAUUGAAGUUUUUAAACUGGAAAGUAAUUAUAAUUUUGAACAGUUUUUUGAGAUUAUCACAUUUAAUUUAUACAUAUGCAAGAAGCUUUUUGUCUUGUGUCUUUCUGAUAGCUCUAGCAGUUUUCAUAUUUUGGUCAUAGUUUCAGCAUUUUAACAUGUGAAUGAUGGGGUUUCAUGCUGGUUUCCAGAUUUUAUUGUUCGGCUACAUACGAUGGAACUUUAAGUUAUAUAUAUAUACAUUAUUCUAAGGGGGGAAAUGUUAUAUUUUUCUGUUUCAAUAAGAGAUGAAUACAGUGGAUACUUUUUCUAUUGGUAAUGAUUAGUUCACCUCAUUCAGAAGACAUUUUCUUUCUCUUCUAAGUAACCGAAAUAAAAUCUGGCCUUUGUGAAACCCUGGAAAUACCACGACUCUCAACUAGAAACACCAAUACCAGCUCCUCCGCGAGUUUCCAGCUCCACAAUCAAAGACAUCAGAGGCGGCAUUGGCUCCUCACAUAGAUUCCAGCUCCAGGACCCUCAUAUUUGAACCGCAGGACCAUCUCAUCCCUGGAUCUCCAGCUCCACUCAAAUUAGAACAACAUCAGCUCCUCCCCAGGUCUCCAGGUGCACAGCCCUCGAACGGGAACGUCAGCUCCUCCCCGGGUCUCCAGCUACACGGCCCUAAAACUAGGACAUCAGCUCCCACCUGGGUCACCAGCUGCACCACGCUCAAACUGGAACAUCAGAUCCCCAUGGGUCUCCAGAUGCAGGGCCCUCAAACUGGAACAUCAGCUCCCCACCAGAUCUCCAGCUGCACGGCCCUCAAACUGGAACAUCAGCUCCCCGCUGGGUCUCCAGCUGCACGGCCUGCAAACUGGAACAUGAGCUCCCCACCGGGUCUCCAGCUGCAUGGCCCUCAAACUGGAACAUCAGCUCCCCACCAAAUCUCCAGCUGCACGGCCCUCAAACUGGAAUAUCAGCUCCACCCCGGGCUCCAGGUGCACAGCCCUCAAACUGCAACUUCAGCUCCCAGCCAGGUAUCCAGCUGCAUGGCCCUCAAACUGCAACAUCAGUUCCACCCCGGGUCUCCAGCUUCACAGCCCUCAAACUGGAACAUCAGCUCCCCGCCCAGGUCUCCAGCUCCACGGCCCUCAAUCUGUGACAUCAGCUCCCAACCAGGUCUCCAGAUGCAUGGCCCUCAAACUGAAACAUCGGCUCCCCACCGGGUCUCCAGCUGGAUGGCCUUAAACUGGAACAUCAGCUCCCAGGCCCUCAAACAGGAACAUCAGCUCCCCACAGGGUCUCCAGCGGCACGGCCCUCAAAUUGCAACAUCAGCUCCCCACCAGGUCUCCAGCUGCAUGGCCCUCAAACUGGAACAUCAGCUGCCCGCUGGGUAUCGAGCUGCACGGCCCUCAAAUUCAGACAUGACCUCCUUCCCCAGGUCUCCAGCUGCAUGGCCCUCAAACCAGAACAUCAGCUCCCCGCCAGGUCUCCAGCUGCAUGGCCCUCAAACUGGAACAUCAGCUCCCUGCCAGAUCUCCAGCUGCAUGGCUCUCAAACAGUAACAUCAGCUCCCCACAGGGUCUCCAGCUGCACGGCCCUCAAACUGGAACAUCAGCUCCCCACCGGGUAUCCAACUGCAUGGCCCUCAAACGGGAACAUCAGCUCCCCACCAGGUAUCCAGCUGCACGGCACUCGAAUUCGGACAUGA